AAAAACACGCUGAGAAUCUGGUGACGCAAACGGCACCGGCGAAGCGUGCUGGUGCUGCAAUCUGUGUGACGCUGACUCCAGUCUCCAGUCCCAGCGCAACGCAGCCGUGCACGACGCCGGCGGCCCCACCGUCUCUCCGCCGGAUUCUCCGCGCGCCGCUUCCUCACUCUUCUCCGGCCGUCGAAGCCUCUCUCCGUCCGUGCACUGGGUGGAGUGGUGAGAUCCAACCCGGCAGCGGAUUCGUAUCUUCGUCCGUUGAUAUUUUUAAUGGAUUAUGGUCUCAGUCUGAUAUCUCAGAAAGAAGGAGCGUAGCAACAUUCCCUUGAGAGACCAAUAGGCUAUAAAGAUGCCCCCCUCACCAUCACCUAGGAGAUCCCCGAGAGAGAUUUGCCACAAGAGGGGACACAGUUUUGGGAGCAUUAUGCCCGCUAAAUCGAAGGAUGACGAACUCACAUUGUUCACGGAUAUGCAGAAACAUGAAAGGAAUAACUUCUUACUGGAACCGGUAGAGGAUUUUGAUGGAUCAAUCUCAAAGUUGAGCUAUUUUCAGGAUUUAAAGCUCCAUGACAACAUUGCUGCACGAGGAGAAAAUCAUGAUUUGCUUAAUGUUGAUGGUGACAGAAAUGAUUAUGAUUGGUUGUUGACUCCUCCAGAGACCCCACUUUUUCGUUCAUUGGAUGAUGAAGAAGACCAGCACAUUGGUAUGGCUCAUAGGGGCAGGGCACAUAUUAAGCCAAUAUCAAUUUUGGGGUCAUCCGCAAUGGAAAAUAAUCGAAGGUCUAACAGAAGCAGUGCAAGCCCAAGUAGGCUUAGCACAUCACCACGCUCAUGUAGUAGUACUGUGUUAACAAGGACAAGAUCAUCGAAUUCAUCUUCACGAUGCAGCACACCAAUUUCUUUGCAUCCAUCCACACCAUCACAAAGAUCUUCAACUCCUCCAACUUCGAAGAUAUUAACACCUCCACGAAGGUCACCGAGUCCUGCUUCAAGGAGGAUGAGUACUGGUUCAAUUGGCCCAACGUUUAACGGAAAAAGGGGAACUUCACCAGUUAACUCCAGUAACAGGUCAUCUUCACCAAAGCUUCAAAGUUGGCAGUCAAGUGACCCUGGUUUCUCUUUUGACGCACCUCCAAACCUCCGUACAUCUCUAUCAGAUCGUCCAGUAUCCCGUUCAAGGGGUGGAUCCCCUUCAUCUUUCAGUGGAUUGGACAUGAAUUGGAGAGGUAGAAGACAAUCUAUGUCUCCUACUCCAUCCAGAAGAGCUAGUUCAUCCCAUAGCAAUGACAAAGAUCGUUUCAGUUCAUGCAGCAAAGCUUCUGCAACAUCUUCUGCUGAAGAUGAUCUGGACUCCAUGCAGUCUGUAUCAAUUAGUUACUCCAAUAACCCAGCUGUAAGAAAGAACUUGGCAGUAAUGAAAUCCAGAACUAUUGCAACAUCAAAGAAGCCAUCCAAGAGUUUCUCCCCUAGUUCAGCUCCAAAGCGGUCCUUUGACCCUGUAGUUUGGUUGAUGGAUCAUCACAAAGCUCCUCAAGAUAUGUUCAGGCCACUUCUAUCUAGUGUCUCUUCCACCACAUUUGGUGCUGGCGAAGGAAAUGAUGUGCACCUGUCCAUGUUGUCGCAUAAUUCCUCACUCACAUCAAGCAGUAAUGCAAGCUCCGAGCACGGUGCCACUUUUGGCUCUUGUAUGGGCAAUGGCCAAGAACAGCAUGAUGGAGUCAGUGAAUGUGAAGCAACAACUAGUUCCGUAAUUCACGAGGACAUAUUUAUGUUUGAUAAAAUGGAUGUGCUGAAUGAAGGACCCAAUUGCCAUCAGUGCAGUUUAUCAACUACUCGAAGUUACCCAGAAUCUCCAAGCACAGUAAAAUAUACAGAAAUUACCAGACAGGACCUUGAUAUGGAAAGAAGCAGAACAACUCAGACUUCAUGCAAUGUUGCAAGUAGUUCUGAGGUCGGACAUGUUAAAAUAGCCACUUGCGCUAGGUGUGGGAAGUUUUUCAAUGCAAUGAACGCAGAUGGAGAAGUUGAUUAUUGUGAAGAAUGUGCUAUAAUAGAUGAGGUUCCUUUAGUGGACCAUAAGAUACAGACAUUGGAAGGACAUCAACACGACCACAGAACUACAAACUCUGAACCUUGCAUUACAUCAGAAGCUCCUCAUAUAACCCCAGAUUGCAGUAAAGAUAUCAAUGAGUCAUCUCUUGACAGUCAACUAGAGAAUGAUGAACUUCAACCUGAUUGUCUGCAAAUGUGUCCUCCAUCUCAGUUAACAGUAGACACAACUGACAAAAUGCUGUUGGACCAGCAUGUGGAGAAUCUCGCAGAAAAUACGAGGCCACAUGAUAUUGGUGACUCUUUACUAGGAAAUACCAUUGACAUUUCAUCCCAUCAAUGUAGCGCAAGUGACUGUCAACAAACAGAACAAACAUCUAUAAUUGAGUGCGACAUUUUAAGAGACCAAACUAGUGGCCACCAUAAUGAGAUGCCCCAAUGCCUGCCAGAGUCAAUUUGUGAAAGCAUUGAGUUUGUCCAUGAUACACAUACCAUUGACAAUUCUCAUAAACUGGAAUCAAUUGGGCAUCUAAAUCUUAAGGCUGAAACUAUUAAGGGUGCCGGGAUUUCAGUACUCUUACUGCAGAAGUCAAGCAGCAACAAAUGGCCUGUUGUAGAAGGGAGACCCUUGGCUGCUGCAAACAUUAUCUGUUCAGAACCCUAUUAUACAAGGGAUAAUGUCAGCAUGCUGAACCGUAACAUUGGAUGGGAUAGCUCAUCAGCUGCUUCUUCCAUUGAUCAAGGGUCUUCAAGGCAAUCAGAUGUACAUUUGGAGCGCCUUAAAAGUAGUAAUCGUUAUGACUUUGAGAAGGCUCAAGUAAGUAGUACCGUGAGUUGUCAAAGCAUUGCAUCUAUGUCAGGUAUGACAACUAGCAAUUGUUCAGUUUCACUUUGUCCCCAGAGUGAUGCAAUUGUAGAUACUGGAUUCCUAACCGACAAUUCAGAAAGCAGUGCUUCAAGAACAAUGAUUUGUACUGAUGAACUUGAUGGAUCGUGUAAGUACACUCUCUCAAGUGCUAUAGAGUGCUGGUCUGCUGCACAGGCUAUUGUUAAUGAUGUCAGCGAAUCAUUUGGAGAUGUUCUGAUUCAGAACCAAAGUGCAGGCGAGAUAGAUCAUGAAGAUAACUUAAGUGCCAACUUGUGUUCAACAGAUUCCGAAAUGCGUAGUAAUAUUCCAUUGUCUUUGGCUUCCGAGAAAAGUUGCCUACAAAAAUCUGAAGAAGGAACAUCUGCCAUCGCUCAGUGCUAUUCAGUUGGCACUCCAGAGCAUCCAGACGAUGAGUGUGGCAUCAAUAAUUAUCAAAUGCAGUAUGAAGCAGUUCUGGCUUCUGAUGAGGCAAAUAAGUUGGAUGAUUGUUGUGUGUUUGUCAUCUCUGAGAAGGAUGUGUUCGCUUCUGCAACAGAGGCUAACACAAUGGAGCUUCCUGGUGAUGAAGAAUCACCGGUAACAGUUGAGGGAUCAAGGGAACAAACUCAGAGAUGCUUCACUUUAGAAGAGGCCACUGAUACAAUUCUCUUCUGUAGUUCCAUUGUUCAUGACAUUGCAUACAGGGCUGCAACAAUUGGACUGGAGCAUGAGCAGAAACUAGGACUUUCUUCUGCUCCUCGCCCAACAGUUACUAUGGUAGGAAAAUCCAUUCCCAAGGGGGAUAGUUCUCUGAAGCUGCCCCACAGACGAAUGCCAAGAGACAGGAAAAGACCAGAAGGUGGAACCAUCACAGAAACUUCCAAGACAGAAGUAAUUGCUAAAGAUCCUGUACCUGCGCAUCCGGUUCCUGAAAUUUCAAGAACAUCUGAUAGCAUGAAACCUCCAAAGCUCGAAUCAAAGUGCAACUGUGCAAUUAUGUAGAAUUGCCUAUCAACCCAAUGUGCCAAGGACACUUAUGAUCUCUGUUGAAAUCCAUGGUUGCGAGUUAUCUUAUGCUUGCAAGUCAGUAAUGCAGAAAUGCACCCACCUGCUUCAAUCAGUAUCAGCAACCAAUGAGUUCGGCACAGGUUUCUUGCCACAAAAUUAUCCGGUGAUGUGUGUUUACUCUUUUCGUUUUGGGUAAUAGAGGUGCUCAACGAGCCAUUCUUUUGUAAAUUCUUGCGUCUCCUUUUUCCUCCUUGUUUAUUCGACGAAGUUUUGCUUGUCAUGUCAUCUGAUUUUAGUUUCGGCAGGGUGUGCAAUGUCAGCUCCUCAGAAAGAGUACGUGUGAAAUUUCUACUUCAGAUGUUUGUGUUAAUUUGUGCAUUCUUUUGCGACCAAUGGCACCCAGAUACCAAACAGGAAGUGAGGUGCAAGUGUAGGUUUUGACUCGAUGUCAAGACAAUGUAUCUAUAUAUUUUCAUAGGAAGCUGUAAAUGUAUAUUGUUGGUUUAUAUUCACGGUCAGAAAGAGUACAUCUUGGGUUCAAGCCCGGGUGACCUUCCCCUAA